AUGCCAUUCUUCAACGCUUUUGUCGGUACAUCCCGAGCCGGUGAUGCUUGGUUCCUUGCUGGCCUUACAGCUUCCUUUCCCAACAUCACGGCUUCCGGAGAUACGGUCCUGUCAAAUCGCUUACCAUGCAAAGGCUCCUUCGCGCCAGGUUGCAAAGUUUUUAAUGUACCUUUGACUGAUAGUACUCAAGCCGUUGAAGUCGACCUUGACGAUGCCGUGGCAGCUGGGCUCAAGGACCAAGUUAUAGUUUUUCAAUACCAAGGCAAGUUCCAUGCUGUUGAUCAUAGUUGUCCACAUUCAUCAUUUCCACUUUCACGAGGCACGCCGUUUGAUAUCGAAGAUUUUGGUAUCCGGCUGAGUGUCGGAAUACAAUGUCCAAAGCACGAUUGGUCCUUUGAUUUGAUUCAUGGGAAAAGCGACCGAGGGAGCUAUAAGCUAAAAGUCUGGGAGGUUCAAUUACGACCGAUUCCUGGAGCGGAGAAUGAAGAGAGUGAGGUUUGGGUUAGAAGGAAGCAAAGGAUAGGCUGA